AUGACCUCUUCCAAGGGAAAGCCCACCGAUCCCGAGCUCAGGGAGGAGCUCAAGGAAGAGAUCAAGCAAGAGCCUAACAAGUCCGGCGGCGGCCAGGGCCAAUGGUCCGCGUGGAAAGCAAGCAAGCUGGCCAAGGAGUACGAGAAGCAGGGCGGUGGCUAUGAGAAUGAACCCGGGUCCAAAAACAAGCCUAAGAAGGGGGAGCCGGAGCCCAAGAGCGAGUCGAAGAAGCAGAAGGAGACGGGCUGA